AUGUCUUGCAAUCGGCAUUUGCGCCGGCGUCUGGGGGAGCCAGGCGUGCGUACAGACAUUCAGAAGGCCAGCUCCAGAGCGGACACAUUUGCGAAACGACAGACCAACAGGCAUGCACACAGACACAGGCGCACAAAGCCACCCAAAGCACCCAAUAAACUGGCCAUCGGACGACAAGGUGUUGGCGGCAGAGAUGCCGGCUGCUUCGCCUUGUCAACCUGUCCUCCGGACCUCCGCUCGACGGCCUGGAGCAGUGUGAUCUCGGCUCCAGGCGUUUGA